UUGGGAAUGGGUGAAGUUCGACCAGUUCCUGACCUGCUUCAUAUUCAACAGCUGUCCCCGCCCCUCCGCAUGGGCCACUCAUCCACUCAGCUCUGUGGAGAACUCUGGGCUGCUCUCGUCUUUCUCUAAGGUCCCAACUGAUCGCCUGACCCGGCGAGAAACGCGUGGAUUGUAUUUUUGCUUUCUCCAGGCGGAGUAACUCAGCAUGGCUAGCCUGACUAGUAUCUGGCUGCGCCCUGGAGUCCUGCGGCUUGUAGUCUUGCUGCAAAUCAUCAGCUUGUGCUUGACCCAGGGUCCGUUCGAUGAGCAACGUGUAGUUGGAUCCCCGGGCCCAGCCGGGGUUCCUGGAUCAGACGGCAUCGAUGGGGAACGUGGACCUCCUGGGCCCCCUGGUCCAGCUGGAGCAAAGGGUGAUCCUGGUGAACCUGGACCAGAUGGACCUCAAGGUGACCCGGGAUAUGAUGGUCUGGAAGGUCCAAAGGGAGAACCAGGGAUUCCUGGAAGGCCAGGUCCCAAAGGUCAGCUGGGCUUCCCUGGGCUUCCAGGAUCACCAGGGGCUGGAACCAUGGGACCACGUGGUCCUGCUGGUCCAGUUGGUCUUCCUGGAGAAAUUGGCCGUCCUGGAGCUAAAGGUGCAGCAGGACAGAUUGGAGCAAUUGGCCGACCAGGACCACCAGGUCAACAGGGGCUUCCUGGUAACCUUCACGGUGCAGAAGGGAGUGCGGACCUCCUGUGCCCAACCUCUUGCCCUCCAGGACUGAAAGGCCCACAGGGACUUCAGGGUCUCAAGGGACACAAAGGCAAACCAGGACUGAUGGGAGAACCUGGCAGACAGGGACCCCCAGGCAUUAAAGGUGGAGUUGGCAUCUCAGGAGAACAAGGCAUUCCAGGCCAACCAGGCCCUCAGGGUCUUCGAGGAUACCCCGGUAUGAUGGGAGCAAAAGGCGAAAGUGGUUCUCGUGGUUACAAGGGCAUGGUGGGUCCACCUGGACGAAUGGGCCUUCAGGGUAAACAAGGUCCUGAGGGGCCACUUGGAGAUUUUGGUGAGAAAGGAGAUCGGGGAGUACGAGGGCAAAGAGGACGCCAAGGUCUAACUGGACUGAAGGGUCAAAAUGGUUUACCUGGACAACCUGGUCAGAAGGGAACUGCUGGUUCAAAGGGUGAAAGAGGUACUCAAGGAAUGUUUGGUCCCACUGGCCCUCCAGGUCAAAUGGGUGAGCCUGGACCUGAAGGAGAGAUUGGCCCACCAGGACCCAUGGGUCUAAAGGGCGACAGAGGAAUGUCCGGUGAAACAGGACCUCCAGGACCCAGAGGCAAGGCUGUGCUUAUAGUCAGUGAGAGGAAUGAUGGGAAGGUGUUGAUAGUCAAUGUGAAGAAUGAUGAGGAGGUAUCAUUCGUCAUUGUGAAGAAUGUUGGGAAGGUACUGAUGGUGACUGUGAGGAAUGAUGGGAAGGUGCUGAUGGUCAAUCUGAGGAAUAGCGGGAAGGUCAAUCUGACAAAUGAUGAGAAGCUGCUGAUGAUCAGCGUGAGGAAGAGUAGGAAGGUGCUAAUGGUCAGUCUGAGGAAUAGCGGGAAGGUGCAGAUGGUCAAUCUGAGGAAUGGGUGCUAA